GCUCUAACAUUUUUUUUACAAAGUACAGACAUUUCAAUGCUCAAACAUAAAAAACGAAAUAAAACACUGUACUUGUUGAACACUCCAUACGACUAGAAAUAUAAAACCCUUUUUAUUGGAGCAAUUCUCAUUCUCUCUUUGCAUUUCUGUUCUAUUGCUAUGAUCCUGACUCUGUAGAUCUCGGCGGAGUGCGCAACCCACACAUUGAUUGUUGAUUAUGACUUCGGCGGAGCAAGUGAUCGACGCCGGCGGUUUAGGGACGAUGUACGUGCAGAUGCAAUCCGAGUCUUCCACGUCGCCUUUGAUGACACCUCAUCAGCAGCAGAGAUCUGAGGCGGCUCGGAUUUUUGAGGAGUUACCCAAGGCUACCAUCGUCCAGGUGUCUCGUCCAGACGUCGCCGAUAUCAGCCCCAUGCUCCUUACUUACACAAUUGAGUUCAAAUACAAACAGUUCAAAUGGCAAUUAGUCAAGAAGGCUUCACAAGUGUUUUAUUUACAUUUUACGCUAAAGAGGCGGCUAUUUAUUGAGGAAAUUCAUGAGAAACAAGAACAGGUCAAAGAGUGGCUUCAAAAUUUAGGAAUCGGGGAAAUCAUACCUAUCAUGCAAGAUGAUGAUGAUCCAGAUGAUGAAAAUCUUCCAUUGCGUACUGAUGAAAGUGCAAGAAACAGGUGGUUUUUUGUUCAGAGAUGUGCCAUCUAGUGCUGCUUUGCCAAUAAUCCGCCCCACACUUUUAAGACAACAUUCUAUGUCAGACAGAGCAAAAGUAGCAAUGCAGGGGUACUUGAAUCACUUUCUUGGAAACAUAGAUAUUGUCAAUUCCCAUGAGGUUUGCAAGUUUUUGGAGGUUUCAAGUUUAUCCUUCUCUUCAGAGUAUGGUCCUAAGCUCAAGGAAGAUUAUAUUAUGGUAAAGCAUUUACCCAAGAUACGAAGCAGUGAUGACCAUAGGAAAUGUUGUUCAUGUAAUUGGCUCUGCUGCUGUAAAGACAACUGGCAGAAGGUCUGGGCUGUACUGAAACCAGGAUUCCUGGCCUUCCUUAAGGAUCCCUUUGAUGCUCAGCCUUUAGAUAUAGUUGUUUUUGAUGUGCUGCCUGCCUCUGAUGGUAAUGGAGAGGGUAGAUUAUCAUUGGCAAAAGAAGUGAAGGAUGGCAACCCUUUACGUCAUUAUUUUAGGGUAACUUGUGGGAUGCGAAGCAUCAAGCUAAGAGCAAAGAGUAAUGCUAAAGUCAAAGAUUGGGUGGCUGCAAUAAAUGAUACUGGACUUAGACCACCCGAGGGUUGGUGUCAUCCUCAUCGUUUUGGAUCUUUUGCUCCUCAACGAGGCUUAGUGGAAGAUGGCAGCCAGGCUCAGUGGUUUGUUGAUGGUCGGGCUGCAUUCGAAGCCAUUGCUCUUGCAAUUGAUGAAGCAAAAUCAGAGAUAUUCAUUUGUGGCUGGUGGGUUUGCCCAGAACUGUACAUGCGGCGCCCUUUUGAUACCCAUUCUUCUACCCGGCUUGAUUCUUUACUGGGAGCCAAGGCGAAACAAGGUGUUCAGAUUUACAUUCUGCUAUACAAGGAGGUUGCUCUUGCUUUGAAAAUCAACAGUGUGUAUAGCAAGCGGAAGCUCUUAGAAAUUCAUGAAAAUGUUAGAGUACUUCGUUAUCCUGAUCAUUUUUCAAGUGGUGUCUAUUUAUGGUCUCAUCAUGAAAAAAUUGUCAUUGUCGACCAUCAAGUUUGUUUUAUUGGUGGCCUAGAUCUUUGCUUUGGUCGUUAUGAUUCAUUUGAACACAAAGUCGGCGAUUGUCCACCUCUUAUUUGGCCUGGCAAAGACUACUAUAAUCCAAGGGAAUCUGAACCAAACACAUGGGAAGAUACUUUGAAAGAUGAGUUGGACCGGACGAAGUAUCCUCGCAUGCCCUGGCAUGAUGUCCAUUGUGCUCUUUGGGGACCACCUUGCCGUGAUGUGGCUAGACACUUCGUUCAGCGCUGGAACUAUGCCAAGCGAAAUAAAGCUCCCUAUGAGCCCACGAUUCCACUACUUAUGCCUCGACAUCACAUGGUUAUUCCCCAUUACAUGGCAAUUGACACAGAGACACACACUAGUAAUACAGAUGUUAUUACUGCUUCAAGUAUCAAGAGACACGAUUCAUUUUCCUCUCAAUCAUCUUGCCAAGACAUUCCUUUGCUCAUGCCUCAAGAAGCUGACGAAAUGGAUAUAAGGGGAGGACUAAAGUCGUAUGCCUUCACUCCUGGGCAUGAUUUCCAUGACCAGCCAAAUGGGUCAGCUAGCAUUUCUUUCCCUUUUCGGAAGGCCAAAGCAGAACCCUUUUUGCCAGGCAUGCCAAUGAAAGCAUUUGUCGAUGAAGUUAAUGUCACUGAUCUUCACAGAAAGCCGUCUUCUGGUUUGAUGCAUCCUGGAACUAGAGCCUCAGAUAAGGAGUGGUGGGAAACACAGGAGCGUAUUAGUCAAGUUGUUCCGUCUGAUGAAACUGGGCAAGUUGGUCCCUGUGCUCUAUGUCGUUGUCAGAUCAUAAGAAGUGUUAGUCAAUGGUCGGCUGGGACCAGCCAAAUUGAAGAAAGCAUACACAAUGCAUACUGCACUCUCAUUGAGAAGGCAGACCACUUUAUUUAUAUUGAGAAUCAAUUUUUCAUCUCAGGUCUCGUGGGAGAUGAGAUUAUAAGGAAUCGUGUAUUGGAAGCAUUGUGUAAGAGAAUCAUGCGAGCUUACAAUGAGAAAAAGUCUUUCAGGGUUAUUAUCGUUAUACCGCUUCUACCUGGAUUUCAGGGUGGUUUGGAUGAUAGUGGUGCAGCAUCUAUAAGAGCUAUCAUGCAUUGGCAAUAUCGUGCAAUAUGCAGGGGAAAUACCUCGAUUUUGCACAAUCUGAGUGAUCUUAUUGGUCCCAGAGUGCAUGAUUAUAUAUCCUUUUACGGUCUCAGAUCUCAUGGUAGACUGUUUGAUGAAGGUCCUGUGGUUUCUAGCCAGGUGUAUGUGCAUAGCAAAAUCAUGAUAGUUGACGACCGCACAGCCUUGAUUGGAUCCGCAAAUAUUAAUGACCGGAGCUUGCUUGGCUCCAGAGACUCUGAGAUUGGUGUAGUUAUUGAGGACAAAGAAUUUGUUGACUCAUACAUGGGAGGCAAACCAUUUAAGGCUGGGAAAUUUGCAUCAAGUCUUCGCCUCUCACUAUGGUCUGAGCAUCUUGGUCUUUGUGUUGGAGAGAUGGGUCAAAUUACUGAUCCAGUGAUUGAUUCAACAUACAAGGAUAUGUGGAUGUCGACUGCAAAGACAAACACAAUGGUUUUCCAAGAUGUCUUUUCUUGUAUACCAAACGAUCUUAUACAGUCCAGGGCUUCUCUAAGGCAGUGCGUGGCUCACUGGAAAGAGAAGAUUGGUCACACAACAAUUGAUUUAGGAAUAGCCCCGAACAAAUUAGAGUCUUAUCAAGAUGGAGAUAUCAAAGAAACAGAUCCCAUGGAAAUGUUAGAGUCUGUAAGGGGUCAUCUCGUUUCUUUUCCACUGGAUUUUAUGUGCAAAGAAGAUCUAAGACCCAUGUUCAAUGAAAGCGAGUACUAUGCUUCACCUCAAGUCUUUCACUAGACAUGGUUGGUUGUACAGUGCAGGAAUAUACGUAUUUUGAUUUAUUUGUCUAAAAAAACAUAGCUAGCAAAAAUCUGCAGCCUUGUGGAAUAGCAGCAAUAUAUAGGAACAGACCACCCCGCUACCACAGUUGGGUGCACGUUCACCAUUUCUUUCAGCUGUGGCUUAUUCCUUUACCUGAUUCUUAGCAUGCGCGGAAAUGUUUAUUUGCAUGGUUUGGGAAUACUUGUUGUAAACAAAGGAAAGGAUGAUGUAGAUUAUUAACGUGUUCAUAAGGAUGAUGUAUUAUUUUUCAAUAAUACCCGUGGUUUACUUCUGCUUAUUUUGUUCAUUUA